UCCCAGUUGUUUAGCUCUGUUCUAAAUGGAUUCCAAUGAAUUUCCUGGCUCCUUGGGGCCCCUCUCUCUGCCCAAUAAGCCCCUGAUCGGUGACCUCCCUGCAGACAUGGAGUUUGGAGAGGAUCUGCUGGCCUCCCAGACGGCCUCCAUCCCACAGGGCUCUGCUGUCCAGACCCAAGAGAUGGAGUGGGAAGCGCCCAAGCAAGCCGCCUUGGCGAGUGACUCGGAUGUCAGCUUGGUGAAAGAGGACAGCCUGCCAGACCAAAGCAAAUCCAAUAGUCUGGCCCCCGAUAAACCUGCUGCCUUGGAGAAGCCCAGGCUCCUGGACAGCUUGAAUAAAAGUGACAGUCGGGCGGCCCUCGAGAAGUCCGAGGAUGUGGGCAACUCGGACAAGUCCCAUGGUUCUGGGGGCACAGACCCUGGACCAGAGGACUCUUCCCCACCAGCAUCCAAGACUCCUGAGCCAGAAGCUUGGAAAGAAGACGGCACACUGAAUGCUGAUUCCAAUGGCCCCAAAGAUGGCCAGGUGGAGGAGGCCCCCUCUUUACCUUCCCCAGAUGUGGUGGAGGUGAGCAGCACGCCGCCUUCUCAUGAAGUAACCACCUCACCUGGCGGCUCACCCACAAGUCCGCGGCCGGCUAAGAAGGCCCGCUUGAAAUCCCCACGAAAAAGCUCCCCAGUGCGAAAGGAGGUGGCAGAAGCCGUGGCGGCAGCAACUUCCACGGAGGAGACCAAGGAAUCUAUCCUUAACAGCACUCCGGAUCUUCCUCCGGAGGUGACUGGAAGUCCAGUGGAAGGGGAGAAAGUUAACAGCACCAGCCAGAAUGAGGCUGCAAAGUCCAGAGCACAAGAGACAGGGCAGUCAGCUCCAGCUGCAGGAGAAGGUCCUAGUGCGACAGGGAACGACAAGCCAGUUGAAAAGGAACAGAAGAGGAGCGAACGAGCCAGGAGGUCAGAGGUGUCUCGGCCUGAAAUAGUGAAUUCCUCAGAGAGCAUCCCUGUUUCUGAUGAGGAUUCGGAUGGCAUGGUGGACGACCCUAAUGACGAGGACUUCGUUCCCUCCAGCGUCCGGCGCCCCACCCGCAUGUCUCUGCGCAACCAGGCAGCCCAGCGGGCAGCGGCCCGCUCCACUGUUGCCAAGAUGACCUGUGCCAACUGCCGGACACCCCUGCAGAAAGGCCAGACAGCCUACCAGCGGAAGGGGCUCCCCCAGUUAUUCUGCUCCAGCUCUUGUCUCACUACCUUCUCCAAAAGGCCCCUCCACAGAAAGAACUGCACCUUUUGCAAAAAGGAGAUCUGGAACACCAAGGAGUCCGUGGUGGCCCAGGUCGGCUCCGGCAGCUCCUUCCACGAGUUCUGCACCUCCACGUGCCUCUCGUUGUAUGAAGCCCAACAGCAGAAACCAGCCUCCCAGGCCACAGAAGCCACUGACACAGUCCGUUGUAGCGUGUGCUACAAAGCUGGAGAGAUCCAGCAUGAGGUCAGCAACGGGAACGUGGUCCACCGCCUCUGCAGCGACGCCUGCUUCACCAAGUUCCGUGCCACCAAGGGGCUGAAAACCAACUGCUGUGACCAGUGCGGCCUCUACCUGUACAACAAGGGGCUGCAGCUGGAAUAUCUCCUCCACGAGGGGCAGCAGAAGCGCUUUUGCAACACCACGUGCCUCAACACCUACAAGAAGAAGAACACCCGGGUCUACCAGUGCAUGUGGUGCAAGACUUACUGCAAGAACUUUGACAUGCUGACCUACAAAGACCGGAAUGGCAAGAUGGGUCUCUUCUGCUCCAUCUGCUGCACCACCUCCUACAGAGUCAAGCAAGCGGGCCUUACAGGACCCCCUCGGCCUUGCAGCUUCUGCCGGAAGACCCCGUUGGAGUUGUGCUACUACAACAAGAACGAGCAGGUGGUGUACCAGUUCUGCAGCCCCAGCUGCUGGACCAAAUUCCAGCGCGCCAGCCCCGAAGGUGGGAUCCACUUGACCUGUCAUUCCUGCCACAACCUCUUCACCGAGAAGCCCGAGAUCCUGGAUUGGAAGGACAAAGUCUACCAGUUCUGCUGCCGGGACUGCUGUGAGGACUUCAAGCGGCUGCACGGGGUGGUCUCCCAAUGCGAGCACUGCAAGCAGGAGAAGCUGCUGCACGAGAAGAUCCGCUUCUCCGGGGUGGAGAAGAAUUUUUGCAGCGAAGGUUGUGUGCUUCUUUACAAACAGGAUUUCACCAAGAACCUGGGCCUCUGCUGCAUCACCUGCACCUACUGCUCCCAGACGUGCCAGCGGGCCGUCACGGAGCAGCUGGAGGGCAGCACUUGGGACUUCUGCAGCGAAGACUGCAAAAGCAAAUACUUGCUCUGGUACUACAAGGCGGCUCGGUGCCACGCCUGCAAGCGCCAGGGCAAGCUGUUGGAAACCAUCCACUGGCGAGGGGAGAUCAAGCACUUCUGCAACCAGCAGUGCCUGCUGCGGUUUUACAACCAACAGAACCAACCCAACCUAGACACUCAGAAAGGGCCCGAGAGUCUGCUGAACAGUCAGACUCCGGAACCAAAACAGCCUUCCUCCGCCCCCCAGAAAGCAGAGACCAACACGGUGCCCGCCAAGAACAGCUCUGCCUCAAGAGCAGCCAGUCCUCCCCCGCCAUCUCAGCCGCUCACCCCUCGGAAGAACAAGGCCGCCAUGUGCAAGCCCCUCAUGCAGAACCGAGGGGUUUCAUGCAAGAUAGAAAUGAAGUCCAAGGGGUGCCAGACAGAGGAUGACUGGAAGCCCCAAGUGGUUGUGCUGCCCAUCCCCGUGCCCAUCUUCGUGCCUGUGCCCAUGAACAUGUACUGCCAGAAAGUCCCCGUGCCUUUCUCCAUGCCUGUCCCGGUGCCUGUGCCAAUGUUCUUGCCCACCACGCUUGAAAGCACAGAGAAGAUCGUGGAAACCAUUGAGGAGCUGAAGGUGAAAAUCCCAUCCAACCCCCUGGAAGCUGACAUCCUGGCCAUGGCCGAAAUGAUCGCAGAGGCUGAGGAGUUGGACAAAGCUUCGUCGGACCUUUGUGACCUAGUGAGUAACCAGAGUGCAGAGGGCCUCCUGGAAGACUGUGACCUCUUUGGGCCGGCCAGGGAUGACGUGCUAGCCAUGGCUGUCAAGAUGGCCAAUGUCCUGGAUGAGCCAGGCCAGGACCUGGAAGCUGACUUCCCCAAAAAUCCCUUGGACAUUAACCCUAGCGUAGAUUUCCUUUUCGACUGUGGCCUGGUGGGCCCUGAGGACGUCUCUUCCGAACAAGACUUGCCGCGGGCCAUCCGCAAGAGCCAGAAGCGCCUGGUGCUCUCGGAGAGCUGUUCGCGAGACUCCAUGAACAGCCAGCCCAAUUGCACGGCGCUCAACUAUUCCUAUGGGGUGAAUGCAUGGAAGAGCUGGGUCCAAGCCAAGUACGCUGGUGGUGAAACCAGCAAGGGAGACGAGUUGCGCUUUGGCCCCAAGCCCAUGCGGAUCAAAGAGGACAUCCUGGCCUGCACGGCGGCGGAGCUGAACUAUGGCCUGGCCCAGUUCGUCAAGGAAAUCACACGGCCGAAUGGGGAACGCUACGAACCGGACAGCAUCUAUUACCUCUGCCUUGGCAUCCAGCAGUACCUGCUGGAGAACAACCGCAUGGUAAACAUCUUCACGGACCUCUACUACUUGACCUUUGUGCAGGAGCUCAACAAGACGCUGAGCGGCUGGCAGCCCACAGUCUUGCCCAAUAAUGCGGUCUUCUCCCGUGUGGAAGAGGAGCAUCUCUGGGAGUGCAAGCAGUUGGGUGUCUACUCCCCCUUCGUCCUCCUCAACACGCUCAUGUUCUUCAACACCAAGUUCUUUGGGCUGCAGACAGCUGAGGAACACAUGCAGCUCUCCUUCACCAACGUUGUGCGGCAGUCGCGCAAGUGCACCACGCCGCGGGGCACCACCAAGGUGGUGAGCAUCCGCUACUAUGCUCCCAUGCGGCACCGGAAGGGGCGAGACGGCAGCCUUGGCAAGCGGAAACGGGAGGAGGACGCACCAGUCUUGGAGCAGCGAGAGAACCGCAUGAACCCCCUGCGCUGCCCAGUCAAGUUCUACGAGUUCUAUCUCUCUAAAUGUCCUGAGAGCCUUCGAAACCGCAACGACGUCUUCUACCUGCAGCCAGAGCGGUCGUGCAUCGCGGAGUCACCACUCUGGUACUCAGUCAUCCCCAUGGACAAAAGCAUGCUCGAGAGCAUGCUGAACCGCAUCCUGGCCGUGCGCGAGAUUUACGAAGAGCACAGCCGCGGAGGAGGCGGCUUGGACGACGACAUGGACUGAGGGGAGAGACUGUGGGGGCCCAGCACCACUCCGGCCGGCCAUGGGGGGACCUUAGGGUGAGGCUAGCAUGGCUCACUGAACCUUCCCUGUCUGGGUCAGGCAGGCAUGUGGGAGUAUUUCCACUCCAUGCUAGUGAAUGGUUCCCAACCCCCAGAGUGGAGCCAUGCCAUGCCAUGGCCCCUUCUCUUCCUUCUUCUUCUCUGUUUCCCUCUCUGCUGCCUCGGAGUGCCUGCUUGCCCACCCCUCUGCCCUGGCCUGCCUGGCACCACACUGACGGUCAGGGCAGGUCAAGGCAAGGCAAGCCUGUCGCCAGCUGCUCUUCAUCCGGGAGGGGAGGCGAUGGCAGAGAAGUCCCCCUAGCAGACGCUGAACUGACACAGGAGCCCAGAUUUGGGGGCACAACUACCCCCUUGGGUCUUGGCUCCUUGUGGGGCACUGCGUUCUCUCUGCGCGGGGGUCCAGCAGAGGAGCCCACCUUCUUGCCUAACGGUUUGCAAUCCUUCCUCACUCACACCGACAGUUGAAGACUCUUCCUCUCUUUCUCUCUUCUGUGUUGGAGGAACAGAGCCUAAAACGACAUCUAGAGCACCUCCUGCUUUGGGGGGGCUUUGUUUUGGUUUUUUGUUGGAAGCCUAGCUUGGCCGAACCUCCCUCCCCUUGCCAGCUGGUGGUCCCCACUCCUCCUGCUCCUCCUUUCCCCCUUUGUGUGUGUUGCGUUGAACUCUGAGCUAUGGCCGGUGGUGGUGGUGGUGAUGCCCGUCUGUUGAGCCUGUAUAUAUUGUUCUGGCCCAGCCUCUGUUUGUGUCCUUGUUGCCAGUGAGCCAGUUGCGGGUCUCGUCGUCGUAGUGAUAACCGGGGGGUUAGGACCCGCACUCCUGCGCCCCCCAACCCACGUCUCUCUGGAAACCAUUCAUUUCAAAUAAAGGCACAAAACAUG